UAACACAAAUCUUAAUCAUUUGCAAGAUGGCGACGAUAUCGGGAGCAGAUGCAAUACGUUGCCGGAACUUCAUGAAAGAGAUAUUUCAAAAUGCUCGCUCGAUCAUUGAACUAUACGGGCCAAGCAAUGCAAUAAAUGCAUUACCAAUACAGUCCGGCUUAUUUGAAGAGGCAAUUUGUAAUUUAAGAAACUUCAAAGAAUUCAUUACAGAGUUGCGUCAGAAAUUGUUUGACAAACAAGAUUUUGCAAAAAUGAUCGACCUUGAUAUUAUUAUCGGAAUUAUCGAGAAUUGCGAGGUGAAGGCAUUGGCAUAUCUUGAAAGAAAGGAGGUAACAACUGCAUCUAGAUUUGCACUAAAGCUCACAAAAACCUUGUCUAUGAUUUCCGGCGUAUUAAUAAAUUUUUAUGAAAAUUAA